GCGAUAUUUGGAAGUAGAACUUGGAGGAGAUGCAGGGAUGUUGGUCAUUCAAUUAAAUUAAGAAAUGUCUGUUUUGAGUUUGUUGUAGGAUCCAAAACCUGGUCCCAAGCCAGGAGCAGCUGUGAAAAGCAAGGAGGGGAACUCCUGAAGGUGAUGAACACCCCAAUCAAAAUCUUCCUGAAGAACAUCACCAAAGAGAGAAACACCAGCAACUUCACCUGGUGGCUGGGGGAGGGGGUCCAAGAGACGUACCAGGGACCCACCAUAAAAAAUGUUGACGUCUCAAAGGACAACUGCACAUACAUGAAGCUGAAUCCUCUUCAGCUCAUCACAACAUCUGACUGCAACCAGAGACGAGGCUUCCUCUGCACCCACAAUUUGUCGUCUUCAUCAAACACAAAGAAGACAAAAUCGUCCAGUCAUGCAACCAGAUCCCGGCUCAAAAGGGGAUUGAAUGACAUGGGUUUGUAUGUUGCAAACAUUAGCCAACUUCUCCAGAAAGCAGAUGAAGAACUACUGCGAAUGGAAAUGACAGUAGGGGAACCGACAAAUGAAACCAGGAACAAUUUCAUUAAGUAUUUGUUGGAAGGCACUAAAAUACUGACUCCAGAAUUAGUGAAAAACAAUGAAACUAUCAGUCACAUCAUCAACUGUAGCAGUGGCAUUUACAUUCUCUCAAUGAAAAAAUGUGACAUCCAGACUAACCCAAACCCAACUAAUUUGUUUGAGGAUAUCUUUGCGAUCUUUCGGACAAUCUCUGUGCUGGUGGGUGCGAUAACUCCACAGACAAUUAUCAUCAGGCACCCAACAGGCACCAUCUAUCAGAGCAGUCACAAAGCUGCUGAUCUCAGCAAUGCAGUGCUCGGUUCAGAGAAAGAUGGGGAGUUCAUCAUACUCCCCUCAUAUUCCGCACUUAAGUCUCAGCUUGAAGGGUACAGCACAAUCAUCGCUCAGAUGGCUACAUUCUCAAAGAAUCCCCAUCCAUCUGACGACAACAUCUCAGGAACUGUUUGUAGCCUUUUACUUAGUGAUGGAGACUCAGACAUAGAGCUGGUACACCUGACAGAGAUGAUAGAGAUCUAUAUGUCUCAUCCAAAUGCUCCAGCACUGAAGAAUAGUACUAUUGUGUUGGAGAAAAACACAAAAGCGCUGACCACACUCAAUGUCUCAGACCCUAAUGUGUCCAUCUUCUUCAGCGUGGAGCCCAGUGCCAAUGUGUCAUUGGUUCUUUUGUUGUCUCAAGGGUCACCUCCUAACAGUACAUAUUCCAGCAGCACAACCAUCUUGAACCAAACGGGAGGCUAUCGCUGGAUGAUAACCCCAGAGAUGCUACAGCAGACUCCUGGAGUCUGGUAUGUUGACACCAGACUCUUAAAUUCCACCCGGACGCCAGGCCUGACACUGAGAAUCACUUCUUUUAUGAGCAAGUGCUUGUACUGGAACACAGACAAAGAGGCAUGGAGCACUGACGGCUGUCAAGUGGGAGAGAAAAGCACUCCAGGGCGAACACAGUGUCUGUGUAACCAUCUCACUCUCUUUGGGAGCUCCUUCUUUGUGAUGCCGAACGACGUGGACAUAUCUCACACAGCAGAGUUGUUUGCCACUGUGUCUGAGAACUAUGUGGUGCUGGCACUGCUGUGCACUUUCUUCGGCCUCUACCUGGUCACUCUGCUGUGGGCCUGCUAUGCUGACCGCAGGUCACACUCUAAGAGGAAGAUGACUCUGCUGGAGGACAAUCACCCAGGCGCUGGCUACAACUAUCUGAUCAGUGUCCAAACUGGCCAUCGCAAGAAUUCUGGGACUACUGCCAAUGUGACAGUGAAGCUGACUGGCUCAGAGGGAGAGAGCGACACACACAACCUCACAGAUCCUGACAAGCCUGUGUUUGAGAGAGGAGCUGUCGAUAUGUUCCUGUUGGCCACACCCUUCCCACUGGGCGAAGUGCAAAACCUCAGGCUGCAGCACGACAACUCUGGAGGUUGCCCAUCAUGGUAUAUAAACAAGGUGACCAUUCAAGACCUCCAAACACGACAUGUGUGGCACUUCUUUUGUGACUGCUGGCUGAGUGGUGAUCGUGGAGAUGGCAUGACCAAGAAAACUUUCAAUGCUGCAAAGAACAACGAGAUUGCCAGCUUCAGGAAUAUUUUCCAUAGCAGAACAUCUUCUGGCUUUAGGGAUGAACACAUCUGGGUGUCCAUAGUGGAUCCUCCCUCACGUAGUCCGUUCACACGUGCCCAGAGGGUCUCUUGCUGCAUGAGCCUGCUCCUCUGCACCAUGGCCAUCAAUAUCGCCUUCUGGAACAUUCCUGUAAAUGAGGACUCGCCAGUACUCUUCAAAUUUGGUUCAUUGCAAAUCACCUGGCAGGAGAUCAUGGUCGGGGUAGAGAGUGGUCUUCUCAUGUUUCCAAUCAACAUCCUCAUCAUCACCAUCUUCCGAAGCAUCAAACCUCGCAUAAUUUCAAAAUCUCAAAAAGGCUACUCUGAAGAGAACUUGAGACCCCCCACAGUUACCAUACCAGCUAUUCUGAAGGAUACAGAGGAGGUGAUUUCUUUGGUGAGCAGAAGUACGAGGAACAAGAUGUCAGAGAUGCACAGGCUGGAGUCCACCGCUGACCUCUUCCCUGCCUUGGACAGGGUGCAUGAGUUCAUCCAGCUUAUGCAAGGGGAGAGUGAGAGUGACCCACACUGGGUGUACUGCAGCAAGUUCCUCCUAGCUGGUCUCUAUCACCUCAUGAUGUGCCUGGAGAAACUGGAUGGAAAGAACUUCCCGAGUCCACAUGAGUACCAGCAGGCUCUCAACAUCACCAACCUGCUGGUUCGCAAGGCUGAGAUGGUCUUCACUAGCCACUUGGCCUACUGCCCACUUCCUGUGAGGAAGAAGAAGAAGUCGGGGGGCUGCUGGCUGCCCUGGUGGUGUGUGUUCCUGGGCUGGUUCCUGCUGCUGUCCAUCAGUAUAGUAUCUACUUACUUCACCCUGUUGUACGGCUUUGAGUACGGCAAACAAAAGUCCACCAAGUGGGUCAUGUCUCUGGCCCUCUCCCUCUUCCAGAGCAUCUUUAUACUGCAGCCUCUCAAGGUGAUUGGCCUUGCUGUGUUUUUUGCCCUGCUGCUGAAACCUGUUGCUGUGGAGGAGACUGAAGAAAUCGAGCAAGUGCUGUUAGAGCAACAAGACAAGUGUAGACUGUACUCUGGCAGGCACACACUGUGAGGAAGCUGCAUUUAGCGGGAUAAGCUGUCUUCUCUGAUGGGCACAGCUGCAAUCCACGGCACUCUCGCUUCUUAAACACUCCUUUGCACUUAUUGUAAAACUUAAGUUUUACUUUCUGAAUAUAAAAUUGCAUAACACAUUCUGAUGUUUUGUAUGUGUACAUUUCCAAUGCCUGAGAAAGUUUUCUGAAAUGGUGAGUCAGAGUAUAUGGGUAAUUGAAUAUAUUUUGCCCUUGCAUGUCAAAGUGUUGUUUUUUCAAGUCAUUGACUACCUAUUAUAUUCUUCUUGUUUUAGCAUGAAAAUGAUAAUGAUAUUUAUUGAUGGCACAACUUAUUUGCUUUUAGCAACUUUGAAAAUAUGGAAAUGAUCAGCAUUCAAAGACAGCUGCAGCCUACUGCUGUCAACAUGACUAGUCAUCACAGUGUAUGAAGGCCAGCCAUUGAUUGUACACCAGCAUGGACUUUCACUUUAGAAGAAUGGGAAGGUGCUUUUAUGUAAUUGCACAUAUGAGACCUAAUUACUAAUUGAUCACUUUUUCAUAUCAAUUCUGUCACUUUAAUACAUGCUGAAGGUGCAUGUCAUGACUUUUUAUCAUACAUGCCUACUUCUAUGUGAUUCAGUGUGUCCUCCUUUUGAAUGAUUUAUGUAGCAGACCUAACUACAGUCAAGUUUGUGCUUUUGGUUUGGGGAUACAAGAAGGUCUGCAGACACUUUAAUGUCCCGUCUUAGACCUUCUGUGCUUUUAUUUAAUCAAAAAAUACUAAAUUAUUCAUUUUUUUUUUAUUUAUUGAUUCUGUAUGUAUUGUAUGUGUGAACUUCAAUAAACUAUUAAAAUCUUAAUGUAUUUAAUCUAUUAGUGACUUUUAACUGAAAGAGAUGGAGUAGCUGAUAAAUCUGUAAACCUGAUUGCCAAAACCAUAAAUCAAGAUAUACGUUUAAGAUAAAAAUGAAAUUACAGCAUAUCUAGUUUCCACAAUAUGAUGACAGUGAAUACUACUAAUAAAAAACUCAUCAUACACCAAAAGCCAUUAUGACAUAUGACAUAAUGACAUAUAAUCACAUUAUGAUUUCAACUGAAAUUACUCAAAUAUAAGCUUUAUUGUGUUACAAAUGGUGGUCUUGUGCCUCACAGUCACUGUCACUAUUAUUAUAUAAAAAAUAUCAAAACAUAUUACAGACAUCGUCCUCUAUACUGAAUUACAAGAUGCAUAUAUUGGGAUAUUUAAAGAACAAGCAUAAAACACCAUACCAUUAAUGUUCUAGUAUACUAGAUGCUCUACCCUGCCUAAAGGAUUUUUACAUCAGGCACUGCAGGAAUAAGGCUAGGAGAAUCAUUAAGGAUCCCAGCCACCUGGAUAACGGCCUUUUGUCACUGCUGGGGUCUGUUAGAAGGUACCUGAAACACCAGACCAGCACUGAGAAAAGUAAAGUGGAUAUUUAUUCAAUGUCAUCCAGUCAAUAACACAUUUGUCCUUGCAGACCAGAUACAUACAGUUGAUAUUUUAGUAAUCACAUCAAAAUAUGAUAAUUAUUUACAAUCACUACUUAAAAAGCAGUGUUUGACCUACUUCACUGACUUACAUCACUUGCAUUGGACAGUCCGUCAAAAGCCAGUAGGCCUACAACUAUCCCAUAUCCUCUCAACACUGGUGUGAUAAGCCAACAACAAAGCUCGCUUGUGAUUAUUUCCUCUGUAGAAUGCGCCCUUACAGUGGAAUAACCUUUGAAAAUACAUGAAAGAAACUUGCAGUUAGGCUAUUCCAGCUUUGGCCAACAGCUCACACCACAAACUGUAUCAGCAGCCCUCAAUUUCUUCCCAGCACUCAAGCUGCACAGCUUGACCUACAUUCAUGCCACAGUGAUUCUAAGCUAAUAAUGAACAGUUUGUCAGUGCGUUUUUUUUCAAUGUCAGUGAUGUUCAUAGGGGCCUGGAGAAACCACAGUCAUAUAAUGUGAAGAAAAGCUCUAAAACUGUCUUUUUUUGCUGCUUGGUCUUGCUAUAGGGACUCAAACAUACACCCGAAUCUGUUAGGGUCUCUGGGCCACAAAUUCAGAUAUGCCGGCCAUGAAUACCAUUGUGAUAUAACACAGACUUAAACUAUUGUUUAAAAGCCAACCUAAAUACUUAUAUAAUAAACAUCUUUGAUAACAUCUAGCUCUUAUUCCUGCGUAGGUUGAAUGCACUUAUUGUAAAGUGUCUGUCAAAUGCAUGUCAUGUAAACAAAUAUGAUUUGUUUAUUCAACAAAGCGAGGUUUAAAGAAUGGUUAACCUUUCUAGUUGUGUUAUGUCCUGCUCAGUCACACAAGCACACUCUUCAGCAAACCCUAGACUUGAGUAUUGAAACCAGAAUUCUAUGGUGGAUUAUGUAAGAUGGACUCUCUU